AUGACAACACAAUCUACUAGAUAUGAUGAUAAACCACAUAUUGUAUCAUAUGAUGAUAAUGGUAUACGUACAACAACAACAACAACAAAACUUGAUCCUGAUCCAAAUGAAAAACCUAAAGAAACAGUUACUGUACGUACAAUACAACAUCCUGAUUCAACUGAAACUGUAACAGUUACAGAAAAAAAAUUACCACCAAUACGUUAUACAGAAACAAUUACACGAGAAAAAUUACCAAAAAAAAAUCAAACAUCACGAAUACAAAUAACACAACCUACACAAAUAAAUGAAACUACUACUAUACCACCAGUUAUAUCAGAUACAUAUAUUACAAAUGAAAUUCCACCACCGGCUAAAACAUAUAAUAUUGUACGUCGUGAACGUAUUGUUGAAGAACCAAAUACAAUUAUUUAUCCUACAACACGUCAAGAUCGUGUUAUUGUAACACAACCAGAACGUAUAACAACACCUCGAGUUAUUAUACGUUCAACUCCAGAACCAACAUCAUAUAUACAAGUACAAAAUCCUCGUACAACACGAUUUGUAGAUGUUCGUCAAGCAACAUCACCAGUUAUUGUUGAUGUUGGAACACCACCAAUAACAACAACAACAACUAAAAAAACAACAAUUAUUAAUGAUAAUGUUCAUGAUACUCUUGUUGAUGAUCGUCGUACACUUGUUAAUUAUCAAGAUGAUUAUUAUAGAACACGUCGUGUUGGUCAACGUUCUGAAUGGUGUGGUAAUUGUGGAGCUGAUUGUUUAGGUUGUGAUUGUUUUGAUGAUUGUUGUGGUUCAAUGAAUUGUUGUCGAACAAAUACAUUUGCACGAAGAAAAGAUGUUGUUUCAUAUAGAACAAGAGUUACUAAAGAUGGUCGACAUGUUCGAUAUCGUAAUGCUGAUGUACCCGGUUAUCGUUGUUGUAAUUGUUGUACAGGUUGGUGUUCUCGUUUUUGUCCAUGUUGUUCAUGUCUUGAAUGGUUUUGUGCUUGUCCAUGUUGGUUAUGGUUAUGUUGUCUUCUACCAUUAUUACUUGGUCUUCUUGGUUUAUCAAUUGGUUUACUUACACAAUUACCUUCUAUUACAUCUAAUACGAACAAUAUUCAAACAUUACGUGUUAUUGAACAAGUAGUAAAUGAAACAUGGUAUAUCUAUGGACUUGAUCAACCAUGUCAAGGUAGUGCAACAACAUUUCCACCAAGUUUAUCAACAAUAACAACUUUAAUACCAUGUGCACAAACAACAACAAGUUGGGCACGUAUUAUACAAGCUACAACAUUAAUAACUAUAAAUAAAACUAUCAAUUCAAAUUCAAAUCAAUACAAUGAAUUACGUGUAACACAAACAUAUAAUACUGUCUUAGCUGUAUUAGGACAAAAUGCUGUUUGUCAACCAGAUCGUAAUUUACCUGGUGUACCACUUUAUUGUGAUCAAACAACAACAAGUUUUUCAAUAACAGCAACAUCAUCAUCAAGUACUGUUUUUGCUAUACAAGUUAAUGGAAGUAAUCAUAUUGAUUAUGAUUCAAUAUUUAUUAUUUUAUUAAGUUUUCAAUGUUUUAUUAUUCAAAAAUAUUUUCAAUUAAUUAUACGAUCAAUUUUUAUUUAUUAA